AUGAUUAGUAGUGGUAAUUCAUACAACAAGAGAGAUCUGAUUAGAGCAAGAAGAGGUGAGUUGUUCUCAGCUCCAGCGUCGAUGAGAACAUCUCCGACGAACAGUGGUCAUCUCCGAGUUUCCACGGCGGGACUGACGUCGUCAAGCUCGGUCUCCACGUCAUCAUCGUCUAGUGAAAGCACCAUGGAAGAGUUACAAGCAGCGAUUCAAGCAGCUAUUGCUCAUUGCAAGAACUCAAGCGCCAUUGAUCGUGAUGAUAAGGUUAAGGAUUCUUGA